AUGGCCAGCCGUCUGGGUAAUACCCAUACUCAUGCAGCUGAAUGGCUUUUUCUAAGAACCACGUUACUUAGAGGCUUGCUUCCUCCUCAUUUCCUAGGCAUCAGCAGGACGCGGCUUGGUGUAUGUGGCUGGAUCCUGUUUUCCCUUUCUGUCCUGUUGAUGAUCAUUACCUUCCCCAUCUCCAUAUGGAUGUGCUUGAAGAUCAUUAAGGAGUAUGAACGUGCUGUUGUAUUCCGACUGGGGCGCAUCCAAGCUGACAAAGCCAGAGGGCCAGGUUUGAUCCUGGUCCUACCCUGCAUAGAUGUGUUUGUCAAAGUUGAUCUCCGAACUGUUACCUGCAACAUUCCCCCACAAGAGAUCCUCACCAGGGACUCUGUGACUACUCAAGUGGAUGGAGUCGUCUAUUACAGAAUCCAUAGUGCUGUCUCAGCAGUGGCUAAUGUCAACGAUGUCCACCAAGCCACAUUUCUGUUGGCUCAGACUACUCUGAGAAAUGUCUUAGGGACGCAGACCUUGUCCCAAAUCUUAGCGGGCCGAGAAGAGAUUGCCCAUAGCAUCCAGACCCUACUCGAUGAUGCCACCGAGCUGUGGGGGAUCCGGGUGGCCCGAGUGGAAAUCAAAGACGUCCGGAUUCCUGUGCAGUUACAGAGAUCCAUGGCCGCUGAGGCUGAGGCCACCCGGGAAGCCAGGGCCAAGGUCCUUGCAGCGGAAGGAGAAAUGAAUGCUUCCAAAUCUCUGAAGUCAGCCUCUAUGGUGCUGGCCGAGUCUCCCAUAGCCCUACAACUUCGCUACCUGCAAACCUUAGCCACCGUGGCCACAGAGAAGAAUUCCACCAUUGUGUUUCCUCUGCCCAUGAACAUCCUGGAGGGCAUCGGUGACGUCAGCCACAACAACCACAAGAAGGUUGCUAACAGAUCCUGAGGUCCCCCUGCUGUAGCCAGCCAUUGCUUUGGGAGUUGUUUCUAUUCGUCAGGAG